CUGUAUACACCACCCUUAACGAUAUGUCUGAAAAUCUAGAUGGUGAGUUCAAACCGUCGCUUCAGUCUGAUGCCUCAUCUUUGUUUCAACUUAUUGACAGGUUUGAUUUCGUCGUUGCUUUAGUUAUCACGAGAAAUAUUCUUGAUUCAACUCUUCCAGUAACACAGUUAUUACAGGGUAAGAGUAUCGAUAUAAUGGAUGGUAUUCAUUUAAUUUCAACUUUGAAAACUGAGGUGGUGAACAUGAGGAAUUCCUCUGAUUUUUAUCAUGACACCUGGUAUGACGAAGCGCUUGAACUGGCAGCAAAAGUUGGCAUUGAAGAAUGGAAACCAAGAACAGUGCGCAAACAAACGACCAGGGAAAAUAUUCCCCACACAACCAUUUCUGAGUAUUAUAAACGUGCAAUUACUCUUCCUCUACUAGAUCAUUUGCAAUCUUCUUUAGAAUCACGAUUCGACCUUGAGGUGUGAAUGUCUAUAAAGGCCUUAGCAUUGUACCGACGAAAAUGAUGUCCAUGACAAGAGAUGGGGUGGAUUGGAAAGAGCCAUUCAAAACUGUGGCUAACUUUUAUUAUGAUGAUUUGCCAAAUCCUUUGGCCUUAGAUGCUGAAAUUAGGUUGUGGUACACUUAUUGGGAGACCCACUGCGGCCUCCUUCCUGAUAACAUUGCCCAGACUUUAAAAUCUGUUCAUUUCGCCGGAUUUGAAAACAUUAAAAUUUUACUACGUAUUUUAGGAACGCUCCCCAUUACCUCUUGUGAAUGUGAACGAUCUAUUUCUUCCCUUAGGACACUUAAAAACUAUCAGCGAAGUACCAUGGUUGGGGAACGCUUAAAUGGUUUGGCCUUGAUGCAAAUUCAUCAGGAAAUUGUACCAGAUAUUGUGUUCCUAGGCAUGCUGAUGAGCCCUGAUAUGGGGCGAAACAGUCUUGUGUGCAUUCAAUAUUCUAAAUAG